AUGGACAGAUACAUUGCCAACAUCCGUGGUAAAGUGGCCAUAGUCACCGGCGCAGCCAGCGGGCUAGGCAAACAACUGAGCAAAGCUCUAGCCGAAAACCAACUCAAAGUCUUACUCGUUGACAUUGACCCGAAAGUAGAACAAGUAUCAAACGAGUUAAACGAGCAGCACCACAAUACAAGCUGGAUAGUUUUAGAUUUAUGCGAGCGAGGCUCCAUCCAGAAAUUCUUUGACAAGGCUAUUGAUAAAUUUGGCCAUAUUGAUAUUGUCGUUAACAAUGCAGGGAUUGCCAACGAGAGGUCAUUGUUCAGUCAGGAGGAUCAUAAGGAGUUAGACCGGAUUAUUGAUAUUAACCUGCGCGCUCCCAUGGAGGCCACCCGGCUGGCCGUCAGGUAUUUCAGAGAAACUGGUAUUCGCGGCACUGUGCUGAACACUGCGUCGGUCGGCGGCCUCAUGCCCAUUUCGUUGAUGGAGAGCUACGGGUCGACCAAGGCCGGGAUUAUAUUCUUUACAGCAUCAUGCAAGGCACUGGCACCGCAAGUACGUGUUAAUGCCGUGGCGCCUUAUUUUACUGAUACUCCCUUGGUUGCUAACAACCGCUUGGUUCAAGCGUACCCGUUGGUUCAGAAGAUUGGACUUAUGAAGCCAGAGAAAGUUAUCAAAACCAUGAUCAAGGCGCUCGGUGACGAGUCUCUGGCAGGUGACACGCUUAUGAUUGCAAUGGGCGCAAAGGCCGAGAAACUGUUAUUUUAUGAUGGCCUGACGCUGCAAGUCACCGCAUAUAUUGCUGGCGGUACAGUCAACAAGUAUGCGGCGUCUAUCAGCUCGUACUUUUCGAGUAUGCUUAAUUCGAUUCUGGGUUUCCUGAGGAAUCCUGUCCCUGUAGAUAUUAAAAGGGAGUAG